GCGCUCGCCGCCGCGACUGGCCUCUGCGCAUGCGCGGGGAGAAGCGCGAGGAAGGUGAAGAUGGCGGCGGCCGGAGCAGGGGCCCUGGGAGUUCGGUGGCUGCAAAGGGCUGUCCGGAACGUGGUGCCGCUAGGGGCACGGACAGCCUCCCACAUUACCAAGGACAUGCUGCCGGGGCCCUAUCCGAAGACCCCAGAAGAACGGGCAGCCGCCGCCAAGAAGUAUAACAUGCGUGUGGAAGACUACGAACCUUACCCGGAUGAUGGCAUGGGGUAUGGCGACUACCCGAAGCUCCCUGAUCGCUCACAGCAUGAGAGAGAUCCAUGGUAUGACUGGGACCACACAGACCUAAGGUUGAACUGGGGUGAACCGAUACACUGGGACUUAGACAUGUACAUCAGGAACCGUGUGGAUACAUCCCCCACACCUGUUUCUUGGAAUACCAUGUGUAAGCACCUUUUUGGCUUUGUGGCCUUCAUGAUUUUCAUGUUCUGGGUCGGGGAGAAGUACCCCACCUACCAGCCUGUGGGGCCGAAGCAGUAUCCUUAUAAUAAUCUAUACCUGGAACGAGGAGGUGAUCCCACCAAAGAACCUGAGCCAGUGGUUCACUAUGAGAUCUGAGCAGGCACCAUGGGCUUUUGUGUCCUCUAACCAGGACUCCCUCAUUUCUAGAGAUUUAACCUUAAUGAAAUCCCUAAUAAAACUCAGCACUGUGGUA